CGAGCGUACUGCCUACGAUCCGCGCGCGGAGUUCGUUGAAUCGGUGGUUCAGUUCAGUAGAAUGAGACUUAGUAGCACAUGAGUUUCGACAUAGAACGCGCGUCGCGUCCACCCACGUAACAAUAAUAAAUUUAACAAAUCUUAAAGCGUAAUAUUAUUUAAUUAAAAGUAAAAGUUUGUGUGUGUUAUUGUGUUUGGUGACUAUUUACAUUGUCGUUCUUGUGUGGAUUUGUCCAGCAGUUUUUUUAGUCAGGAUACACCGCAUAAUGAUAGCGCAGCGAUGACGCCAGGUCUGAAGAUGGAGUCGAAGGGCACCCAAAUUCAUCUGCCUCUGAUGGGACGGGGCUCACGAGGCGAAAUUAAUGAUAAAGUCUUAUUCUCCCAGAUGAAGUCGCCACCUUAUUCUGAACAACUUAACAAUGGACAGUUGACAGGAACUUCACAAAUGAAUUUGUGCAACGGCGGCGCUGGCGCUCCCGGACUUACUGGUCUGGUACCAAAGAUCCCCAACGGAUAUGGCGAGCAGAAGAAACCUAUGGCCGCCCUCACACAUUUACCAAAGCGGCCACCAGUCGAUAUCGAGUUCUCUGAACUUUCGUAUUCUGUCAGCGAAGGCAGAAAGAGAGGAUAUAAGGCUUUGCUGAAGUGCAUCAAUGGGACCUUCAGGUCGAGCGAACUGACCGCCAUUAUGGGGCCAUCUGGAGCGGGAAAGAGCACCCUCAUGAACAUCUUAGCUGGAUACAAAACAUCAAACGUCACCGGUUCCAUACUAAUAAACGGGAAAGAAAGAAACUUGAGACGAUUCAGAAAACUCUCUUGCUACAUCAUGCAAGACGACUGUUUGCUACCACAUCUAACUGUCAAGGAAGCCAUGAAUGUUUCAGCCAAUCUGAAGCUCGGAAAGGACAUAACGAUCACUGCUAAAAAGAUAGUUAUAGACGAAAUUUUGGAUAUGUUAGGACUCGCAGAUGCGAGUGAUACGAGAACAAUAAACCUGUCUGGUGGUCAGAAGAAACGAUUGUCGAUAGCUCUAGAGUUAGUUAACAACCCUCCAGUAAUGUUUUUCGACGAGCCUACAUCAGGAUUGGACAGUUCUUCAUGUUUUCAAUGUAUAUCGCUGUUGAAAUCAUUGGCGAGGGGCGGUAGAACAAUAAUAUGUACCAUCCAUCAACCGUCCGCUAGGCUAUUCGAGAUGUUUGACUUUUUGUACACCCUGACAGAAGGGCAAUGUAUAUAUCAGGGACAAGUCAGUGGAUUGGUCCCGUUUUUAUCAUCAAUGGGUCUUCAUUGUCCAAGUUACCAUAAUCCAGCGGAUUACGUAAUGGAGGUUGCAACUGGAGAACAUGGCGAUUGGGUGCACAAGCUGGUGAUGGCUGUGAACAAGGGAAAUUGUGGUCGAGCGCAGACCUCCACAUCCUCAUCGUCAUCAUCAGUGCCACAGAACCUCAACUACAACAACCAGCCCAGCAAGAACAAUGCUCAGAAAGCGGAAGCGCUCGAAAUUGUGAUAGAUAAACCAACCUGUACUGUGAUAGACCUGUCCGAGACGGCAACUAACCCAGAGAAACCAAACCCGAUACCAAACUCAACAAACCUAGCGCCUGUAACUUGCACAACAUCGUUAUUAGACUCCAGCGAGAGUUUCACGAAGAAGCCAAUCAAAACUGGUUUCCCCACAUCGGGGUGGAAGCAAUUCUGGAUCUUAUUGAAACGGACUUUUAGGAGUAUACUCCGGGAUCAGAUGCUGACGCAUUUGAGGCUGUGCUCACACACAAUAGUGGGGUUGCUGAUAGGGUUUUUGUACUACGAUAUCGGUUCAGACGCCGCUAAGGUGAUGAGUAAUGCUGGCUGCAUAUUCUUCACUGUGAUGUUCACCAUGUUUACAGCUAUGAUGCCUACAAUACUUACAUUCCCGACGGAAAUGAGCGUAUUUGUGAGAGAACAUCUCAACUAUUGGUACUCUCUGAAGUCAUUCUACUUUGCGAAAACAAUGGCAGAUCUUCCGUUUCAGAUCGUCUUCAGUGGGGUCUAUGUCAUAAUAGUGUACUUCAUGACCGGCCAGCCGAUGCAAACGGAUCGAGUGCUCAUGUUUGUGACCAUAAAUAUACUCACGGCACUAGUAGCGCAAUCCUUGGGUCUCCUCAUUGGCGCGGCAAUGAAAAUCGAAACGGGGGUCUAUCUCGGACCGGUCACCACCAUACCUGUGGUCCUGUUCUCCGGGUUCUUCGUCAACUUCAACGCUAUACCCAGCUAUUUGCAAUGGCUGACGUACUUAAGCUACGUGCGAUACGGCUUCGAAGGUGCCAUGUUGGCGGUCUACGGCUUUGAUAGAGAGAAACUCCAUUGCUCCGAACCAUACUGCCACUUCAGGGUUCCCGAGAAGUUCCUCAAGGAAAUGACAAUGGAUAAUGCCAAUUUUUGGAUCGACGCCGGCGCUUUAUGUGCAUUCUUCGUUUUUAUUCGUGUAAUCUCAUAUUUAGUGUUAAGGUUCAAAUUAAAGAUGAUGCAGUAGAGCUAGACGCACAAUGGACGCUUCAAUGUAACGGCGAUAUAUUUUCUAUUUAUCACGGAUUCUGAUAGUGGAGUUAUAGAUAGGUGCUCUGACCAGGGUUAUGAUGUAGGUAUAUUGGUAUAUGGCCAUUUAUGUGAUAGUGUCCAUUCCUUUGGAUUAAUAUUAAUGUAAACUGUCCCAAUGAGUUCUAGAUAUUUAUAAAUAUGAGUGACGUAAUAGGAAUGAAAUUAAAGGACCUACUUUAAUUUAAUAGCAAUGAAGUUGUAAUGAAAAAAUAUGAUUACUUAUCAACGAAUAUAAUGAAAUCGUAGAGUUGCUUUUUUAAUGACCUAAUACUUAUAAUGAAUUUGCUGGUACCUGCGAUUUCGCCCAGGUGGAAAGUAGUUUUUUUUUUUAAUUUAAUUAAAUUAAAAUUUAUAUAAUAAAGGUAGCCUAAGUUAUGUCCUAUAAUAUGAGCUAUGUUCCAGAGGAAGUCUCAUAAAAAUCGAUCCAGCCGUUUCAGAGAUUAGCUAGAAUGAACAGAUAAACUAGAGUGUAUAAAAAAGUAAGUACCGUAGAGAUACUUUCAUAUGCAUUUAAUAAAAAGCUGCUAAUUUGAAAGUACAAACAGACAGUUCUAUUUUAUUUACUUGUAUAGAUUAAUGCAAUGAGUACAUUCAAGAACAUUCUUGAAAAUGUUCAGGAAUAACCGUUUCGAAUUUACAUGAAUAAUUUACACUGCGCACAACGUUUGUACUGUAUAUUACUAUAUUUAUAAAUAAAUACUGUGGAACAUGACAUUGUCAUGGUGUAAUUACUUCCUUUUAAUGAUAAAAAGCGUUGUUUCCUAACGCUAAUGGCCGUAUAAUCACUUACCAUCAGGUACGCCGCAAGCUAUUUUGUCUCCUAUGCUAUAAAAACACAUUGGUCACAAUUAAUAUUGAUUCACUGUUCAUUAUACGAACUGGACAAUGGAUAGAAACAAAUGAAGUUUGUAUAUUAAAGUUGAUAUUUUGAAGUUAUCUUUUUUGUAUAGUAACGAAUUCAUAUCUCUGGUCAGAUUGCGAGAUAGUUUUCGAAAUAUAGCUUUUUAGGUCGCCGGUGGACUUUUAAAUAUAUGUUUAUACGUACCCUUAGGGAUAGUGUAAGGUUUUAUAGGAGAUCGGGCCCAUGACUUAAUAUAAGUUCCUUAUAUAUAUUAAUAAUUUAAUGAUAUUAGUUUCAUUUAAACUCACGACGUAGUACUAUUCGUCUACUCAAUACUUGGACAUUACCUUAUAGAAUUUAAUUAGAUAUUCUUCGAGUACCUUUCAUUAUGCUAAAGAUUUUGGUAAAUCUCUAUAUUUAUCUUAAUUACCAGUAUUUAUUAAUGAUUAAUAAACGACUGUGAUUUUUAUAAUAA